AUGACUUCACUCAUCAAGGGAAUUGUUGAAAAUUACGGUCAAGACUACGCUAUCGAUAAAUGGAAUAAUUACGCUGAGGCCAGAUUCCAACCAACUAAAGAUCCGUUCUACGAAUCAAUGCCUAAUGGCAAAAAGAAGAGGCGGAAGCUUCCGGACUACUGUUCCGUAAAAGAGAAGAAGCUUUGGAAGAAGCUGCAAAAUCGAGCUUGGAAAGAUGAUAGGUGCUUAUGUGGUUGUUUAUGGGUUAACUGGGGACUCGGAUUGGCUCCUGUGCUCUCCAUUAUCCCGACCAUAGGCCCUAUUAUCAUGUAUUGGGUCCAUACCAAGUUGAUAACCAUGGCCGACAAAGAGUUACUCCUACCACCAGACCUGGUGGCCAAAAUGCACGGAAACAUUAUUCUGGACCUACUCAUCUCAUUGCCCCCUCUCCUUGGCACAUUGCUCGCGUGGAUGAAUGCCUGUUCUACAAGGAACUGCGCGCUGAUUUACAACCAUGUAGCCAAAAGAGCUACCAAACAGCAUAACAUGCACGCUCAGAGACAAGACCUAGAGCAAAUGCACGAAUACGCAAACAAUGCACAGGGGACAGCUCCCAAUACCACUGCGAGUUAUACACCGGUAGCUCCCAAAACAAACACUUACCCAAAUUCGCGGCCUCCUGUUCAAAACAUCCCAACACAGUCACAUAAUUUGUGA